AUGUUAAAUUCGUCGGUGACAGCUUCACAAAUUUUACCAAAUAACAAAGUCUAUCGACAACUAUUCGAUGCCCAAAGUCAAUUAGCCGAUGUAUACAACCGAGUACGAACUAAUCAACUAUCACAAUCUGUUAAUAUUAUUCCACCUCCAGAUUCUAUUCCACUUAUACGAAAUAUUAGACCACACGACGUACAAAAACGGCAAUGGAUGGCAAGUUUGCCUUAUGCUAACGAUCCUAACAUCAAUCCAAUAACUCUACUAUUUCGUGAUGAAAGGAAACGACGUCAGAAUGAACAACAACAGGAAUUAGAUGAAUUAAAGCGGGAAGUGUUCAAUCUACCGGAUAAUAUCGAUUAUGAUCACAUUGAUGAGAGCCACAAAGGAGAUCUAACGGAGCGAAUCAAAGCGAAACGACAGCAUCAAUUCGAUCAAUUAUGGAUUGAAUUUCUCAAUAAAAUAACUGAUAUCAAUCACAACUUAUUAGUUGAACUUGAGAGAAUAACUCGUGAAUGUAAUAAAUAUUACGAAGAAGGUGAUCAAGGUACAGAACUUUUCGUUAACAUCAAUCGAUCACAUGUUCUUGAUAUCGUAGAAAUUGAUGAGUAUUUACAUAAGCUAUUCAGUGGAAAUAACAUCACUUCUUUAACAAUACAAUCGUUUGAACAAGCAUUUUAUCAACUCAAUCAGCUUCUUCCGCCGCGUCUACUACACAUUCAAGAAUAUUGUCAAUCGAUCGAAGAACUUGAACUAGAACGCAUUCAUAAAAUUCGUGAUCUAUUCAAACACUAUUCUGGACAAUUGUACCAAACGCAUCAUCUACCCGAUAGAGAAAUUGCUGUUCGAUUAGAAAAACAAGCGAAUGAAUUGAAUACUCAAAUCCUCGAUAAUCGACGUGUGUACGCCGAGCUCGAAGCAAGAUUAUUGGCAGGUGAAACAGUUCGUGCACAUCGAUAUCAACGUAAGCUAGUUAACUAUCAAUCGAAAUGGGGUGAUGCCACGUGGUUGAUACAUCGAGACGAUUGGCUUUCGAAACUGUCUUCAUGUAAAACGAAAUUAGAAUCGAUCAUUUUCUCAACAUGCGAGUCGAUCGGCGCCGAUAUUGCCAAGCAAACCCAUGCAUUCAUUGCACAUGUCAAUUCGUUGAAUUCCUUCCUUCCUCCAAUAUCAACACAUGAGAAUGCUCAGAGAUGGUACAGUCAAGGUUACGAUCUAGUUGAUAUUAUUGUUCAUAAGCGGCAAAUACUUGUGUCUAAAAUAAAUGAUGUGAUCACGAAAGAAAUUGCGUUUCUAAAUGGAGAACUGGAACGUAUUCGAGAAGAAGUUCUUCAGACACGUGUUUACGAUAAUGAACAACUUGAAAUUGUAACUGAACGUGAUAUAGUUCCACUCCUUGAAGAACGAAAGCAUUUUCUAAAAAAUUCCAUUCUCGAUCGCAUACAAUCAACUUAUGAACAAUCAACACAUGCAAUGUACGAUGUUCUCGAAUGUCUGCUUGCAUUCAUUGAGCCACUAGCUAAGCAAUGGGACACUCAUCAAAUUCGACUUGAGGAUGUUACUGGCAAAUUGCUUGAUAUGAUGCAUGAGUGUCGGCGACCACAUGAUCUAGAAAACGAAAAAAAGUUAACGAAACUCGAUGUGACACUUGAUGAGAUGCGAAGUGCAUCGAGUGAAACCACGUUAGCAACACUGUUACAAGCAGCUCACAAACAACUGGAUAGGAUUAAAGCAGGUUAUGCUGCUUUCUACGAUAAAGAACACGAGGUUGUCAAUCAGUAUUCGUCAUUGAUUGCGGAAGAAGUGAAUCGAUAUGGAAACGAAAUGUUAGAGUAUUUGCAAGCUCGACCAAUCGACCCGAACACGAGUGACGAACAACCGGUGUUGUCAUUUGCACAUCAGUGCUAUACGACAUCGUUAGCCCGGCGGACGUAUGAAUUGCAUAGUCAGUUCACCAAGAAAUUGGAUUUAACAGAAGAAGAUAACGCCGGAGACGAUAGAGAAUCACAUAUGUCUGUGUCGGUGAGGAGUAGUUCAGAUGAGGAUCCUCGUAUACAGAAUGGACAAGAUCAAGCGAAAAAGCCGGCAUUUUUAACUGAAGAAGAAGUAUCCGCAGAUGAAACAGUGUCAAUACCGUUCCAUCAAGCCUUCCGAAUACCAUCGAACCUCGGAGAUUCGGUUAUAUUUAUUUUAUCCCGAGCAUUUCUCGAUUAUUACGAUCAAUGGGAACAAGAGACUGUCCGACGAGCUGAAGCAGUCAUGUAUACCAAGCAUCAUGAACUCGAUAAAGAACUGGAUUUGCAGUUACAUUUACAUGAACCAAGACGUACGCGUAUUCAAACCGAUGUUUACAAUGUUCGAAUCGCUGAACUUAUGAUGCACGACGAUCGAGUCGAACGUCAUAUCUGUGGUGUUGAAGAUAGACUGCGAGAAAUCAAUAAUGAUUACGAUCGAAUGUUGGAUGGAUUCAGCAAAUCGAUUGAUUCGUAUAAGAACGAUGUGUUUAGUCUAGAACAUAUCUUUGUUAAUGCGACGACGACUGGCCGACUUGUUUUAUUACAAGAUCGUUUGAAGAAGCAACGUGAUACAUUUAUGAAUUAUAUUCGAAUAUCAUUACGGAAGUUUCGGACGCGGUUCGAGGAAAUCAUGCAACAGUUACGUGAAGCAAAUGCGAAUUUUCGACAAUCCUUUCAGACAUUUUCCGAAGGUGGAAACUUUAGUUUGGAUGAAAUCAAUACCUUCCGAAAGAAACUCGAAAAAACCGCGUUUCAGAUCGAUAAAACUGAAUCGAACAUCUUGAAAGAAAUGGAGAAAAGCGAAAAGAAACAAUUGGAACAAGCAAACAAAAUUCUCACUCAAUUUCGCGAUAAGUUCAAAUAUCAUAUGAUCGAUCUGCAAUUUAUUGAAUUAACGAAUCGCUGGAUCAGUGAAGCACAAGUAAAGAUCAAGACCGAAGUUGGAUAUAACAAUCAGCAAGCCCAUGUCUUCAAAGCUCUUGUUCUGUUAUACGAAGCGAAGAUUGAUUCAAUUCUGAAUCCAAAUUUAGAUAAAGAACCGGCGACUAUAAACGAUGUUCGAGAUCUUUAUCAUCAAAUUGUUUCGAAUUCGUAUGAACGAGCCUUGUAUUUGAAAUGUCUUCAGAGUGAACUAGUCAUACCUGCCGCACUUGUGAGCAAUUUAAGAGCCAAAGGAUUGAUUACAGAAGACGAAUUAGUUAAUGAUCUUCAUAAUACAACUGGCACGGAAGAAUCAGGAGGAUCACGGCGAUCGUCACGACAAAGUGUUAACCCUAACCGUGCUAAUGACGAUGCAAAAGCAAUUAAACUUGCAUCAACAUCUCCGACAUUAUCACGACGUCGAACAACAGUGGUUACGUUUGGUCAUUCGGCGAGUGAAAAACACGAUGAUGUAACCACACUGUCCACGAUACGUUCUCUUCUCCAUAGCAAAAACAUGGAAUCAGAAUCCGAUGAAGUUGUCGAACAGAACGAGUCGAAAGGUUUGGAGUUCACUUCACACUCCACUCAAUCGUCAUCGAUCUUGAAAAAAUCAAAGCAAUCGGGCAAAAAGGCGACAUUUUCUAAGAAAGUAACGAAUCGAUCAUCCAUUGAUGAAUCUGCAACAACUGUGCGACGCGAAGGCUUUGCUCGUGCGAAAUCACGAGACGAAAUCUACGCACUUUAUUGCACCUUUGGUGAACGAAAACAUACCGGUCAAGAUUUUCUCUCUAGAAUUUUAAACAUUCUUCGUCAAUCAACAGAAGGUUUACUUUCUCACUCAGAAGUAUAUUACAAAGAAAAAGGUUCGCGGCAUGUCACUCGUCCUCAAGGACUGUGUGAAAAAUUCGACGAAUUCGCUGGACUGAUGGUAGAGAAACUAAAACAUUACGAAGAACAAUGCCUUGCACAUCAUGCAUAUUCCAUCAACGAAUUUCGUAAUAUUCUUGAAUUAUUCGAACGUACAUCAUCUCUAAUGGCUAAGAUCGAACUUGAUGAACAGAUUCGUGAAGGAGAGAAGUCUCUUCUCGAAUUCAAGCAGCAGUUUGACACGACAUUCAAUCAGAAAUUGAAUGAGUCCAAUGCGGAAAAGCAGAAGCUCUUUGAAUCGCUUCGUCCAGCACUUGGACUGCCUGGAAAGAAGUCGGAUUUAGAAGUUCUCAACGACCAUGAGAAAGUUCGCGAAGAGCAGCUCGAAAAAGUGAUCACGCAACUCCACAAAGAUACUCUGAAAUAUAUUCAAACGAAUGCGCAUAACACAAUCCAGUCAUUAGCAACAAGUGGCGAGCGAUUAGUCAUCCUUUUCGAUGAAAUUCUCACAGCCGAUGAAGCCACGCAAACAAGAUUGCCCAAAGUGAAACAUACUCUUCUGGAAUUAGUCAAACGGCAGCAAAUGGGUAAACCAUUGGAAGAAGUAGAAUCCGUGCCAUUAAUUGAACGUAAACAAGGUCAUUGGCUAGGUCUACCAUUUCUUGAUGAUCAAUUCAAUCGUCAACUUAAAUCGAAUACAACGAAGAAACGUCCAUCAGCGACAAAUCAACGACAGAAGAGCACGGCAUCGAUUGUGACGCAGAAAACGACGUUACCACAAAUUCAAACGAUAUCACAACGAGAUGAAGCUUAUCAAAAAUACAAAGACAAAUUAUUUCAAAUCUUAGCAGAUGUCGAAGAAAAAUGUUCUACAAAUUUAACCGAACUGAAGCGCUAUCAAACCUACUGGAGUUCUUCGAUUGAGAGAUUACAGCAUUCGCGAACAAAUUCAUAA